CCGCACAUCCAUCCUCGCCAGUCUGCCAACCGCCGCCGUGCUCUUCAUCAUUGUGCCGUUUUUGGCGCAAAAGGAGCACGUUGUGGUUGCGCGAUACACGAUUCUCUUCUGGCACCUGGUAUGCUCGACGGUGGGUGCGCUGCUGCUCUAGACGCGCAGGGGUUGGGCUCGACUAGUCUGGGGGCGGGUGCUCGGCGGGCUGCGAUAACGGCCGCAGAGCUUACUGCUUGUCAUUUUUUAUUGCAAGACCACCAAGGCGCAGGACGUCAACUGAGUGAGUGACUGGAUAUCGAGAGGGUUAAAAGGGUCCAAGGUGCAAUUGAGCUUCAUUUGCUUUGAAAAUCGCCAUCAUGUCUCUUGCGCGUUCAAAUCCACGCUUCUUUACACGCUCAAAUCGCCUCUUCGCAACCCAAAUACGAACAUACGCCGCAAUUGGCGACGGCGCCAUCCCACCAGCCAAGAAGAAGUAUGUACCGACUUCUGGUACCUACCCACGCGGCUUCAAGGCUGGCAGCGCACAUGUUGGUGUCAAGGCAUCCAACACACGGUUCGAUGACUUGGCCAUUGUAGCCUCAGACAAGCCAUGUGCUGGAGCAGCCGUCUUCACCACCAACAAGUUCCAAGCCGCACCCGUCACAGUCAGUAGGGACAUGUUAAAGAAGAGAAAAGGUGAAGGCAUUAGGGCCGUCGUCAUCAACUCUGGCUGCGCCAACGCCGUCACAGGCCGUGGCGGCAUCGAAGACGCCAUAACCAUGGGCAACGAAACCGACGCAUGUUUCGCCCGCGACGGCAGCACGCAAGACGACCUCAAAGGCAGCCGCAGCAUCGUCAUGAGCACCGGUGUCAUCGGCCAACGCCUCCCCAUCCAAAAAAUCACCUCCAAAAUCCCCACCGCAUACGCCAACCUAGGCGACUCCCACGACCACUGGCUCGCCACCGCCCGCGCAAUCUGCACCACCGACACCUUCCCCAAGCUCCUCUCCCGCUCAUUCACUCUCCCAAGUACGCAACAGGAAUACCGCAUAGUAGGCAUGACCAAAGGCGCAGGCAUGAUUCACCCCAACAUGGCCACUCUACUCGGUAUAAUCUGCACCGACGCCCCCAUCGCCGCCCAUCCCUUACGUCAAGCCCUGCUUGCGUCCGUCCAAAAGUCCUUCAACAGCAUCUCCAUCGACGGCGACACUUCCACCAACGACACCGUUGCUGUCUUAGCCAACGGUGCUGGCGGCGGCCAACCCGUUACCUCGGUCGACAGCCCAGAUUACACAGCCUUCCAGCGUGUACUCACUGACUUCGCGGUUGACUUGGCGAAGCUUGUUGUCCGGGACGGCGAGGGCGCGACAAAAUUCGUUACCAUUCGUGUUACGAAUGCUGCGUCUUAUAAGGAUGCUCACCGCGUUGCCUCCACCAUCGCGCGAUCCCCCUUAGUCAAGACCGCCUUAUACGGCAAAGACGCAAACUGGGGCCGCAUCCUGUGCGCGACGGGUUACGCCGAAGGCGCAGACUCCGUCGUCCCUGCCGAGACGAGCGUGAGUUUCGUACCCACAGACGGCAGUGCGGAGCUCAAGUUGCUUGUGGACGGAGAGCCCGAGCAAGUCGAUGAGGAGCGCGCAGCGAAGAUACUGGAAAAUGAAGAUUUAGAGAUUGUAGUGCGGUUAAGUAAGAGGGAAGGGGAGGAGGCAGUAUUUUGGACAUGCGAUUUUAGUCAUGAGUAUGUUACUAUUAAUGGGGAUUAUAGGACAUAGAAGAGAGAGGGAGAGAGAGAGAGAGAGAGAGCGUGCUUUUGCGCGACUGAUGAAUGAUAUGAAGGAAACGAAACCCAAAAAAAGUUGUUUGUUAACUUGGUUUUUUUUAAACAAAAAACUUAUCUAUACCAAUAUACAAAUAUCAUGACACUUCACGAAC